AUGGAAAAAGCAAAAGAGACUUUCGGCACGCCAGCUCUAGAUACUGACGCCCUUCGCAUCGUCGACCUCUCUGCGAUCAAGCUCGAAGGCCACGAGGACCCGCAUCAGUGGUCCUACUCUUUCAAAUGGAUGACCGUGGCGAUUGUCUCACUCAUGGGGUUCAUCUCGCCCAUGGGCUCUUCUAUCAUCGUCCCAGGCUCCAAGCUUAUCGAUUUGGAGUUCAACCUGGACUCUCGCACCUUAUCCAUCAUACCUGUCAGCACGUAUGUCAUCGGCCUUGCGUUCGGGCCAUUCGUCUUUGCGCCGGCAUCCGAGCUGAUCGGUCGCAAGCCAGUGUACGUCAGCACGAGCAUUGUGUUUGUAAUGUUCAAUAUCGCGACUGCCGUUGCGCCAACCUAUGUUGGCUUAAACAUUCUGCGCCUCUUGGCCGGCGCGUUCGGCAGCACCGGACCGACAUUGGGCAGCGGCUCCAUCGGGGACAUGUUCUCGCCAAAGGAGAGGGGCAAAGCUGUUUCGCUUUACGGCCUUGGUCCGUUACUCGGGCCGGUCGUGGGGAACCUGAUCGGAGGAUUUAUUGUGCAAGGAUCGCUCAGCUGGCGGUGGCUGCUUUGGACGUUAACUAUUUUUUCCGGAAUCAUCUGCCUCAUCGUCACCUUUUGCCUCAACGAAACAUACGGGCCAGUCUUGCUUGCACGCAAGCGCAGUCGCAUCCGCAAGCAAAUGCUCGCCGUUUCCGUCGCACAGUCAUAUGCUGCGACAGGAUCCAACUCUGACGCACCCGCGACCAAAAUUUCGCGAUUCGCGGCAAUCGUCGACAAGUCGAAGCGCGCGGCGCUGAAAUGCAUGCGGCCGUCGGCCGAUGCGAAGGCCAAGUUCAAGCUCGCCAUCACCCGCCCGUGCCGAUUACUGUUCACCAAUCCAAUCUGUGCCAUCUUCAGCGUCUACAUGGGUUUCGUGUACGGCGAAAUUUUCAUCUUCCUCACGCAGCAUCCGCUACUCUUCCAGCGGCGCGACGGUGGGCCAGGCGGACGGGAAGCUGGCCCGCCCGGACUACUGCGUCUGCCGACGUACAAUUGGAGCGCAGGCGCAGCUGGAUUAUCCUAUCUCGGCCUGGGUGUCGGCUUUCUCAGCGCUAUGCUCAUCAACGCCAUGUUCAACGACGUCCUCUACUGCCGACUCGUCGCCAGCAAUGGGCGACUGGGCUGGUACAUUAUCUUCUCGAAUGCACGCGAGAUCGAGGCAAAACUGGCGGCUAAGGAUGCGGCAAAGGCUCUGCAAGCACAAGGCGGUGCUGGUACCGAAGUUCGGGCUCUGGAGGCUGCUGUCUUGCAUCCUGGGGCGCAAGCAGACGCGGUUGCCGCCUCUGAUGAGAAGUUCACGGGGAUAUGUGCAGCGAGCAGAGAGGUCAAACCGAUAGAAGGCGCACCCGUCUGUCCGAGCAUGGCGAAAGAUCCGCUAUCACCGUCCGCCGCCACGGCCCCUAAGAAGGGCAAACCGGAGUACCGCCUGCCGUUCUGCCUGGUUGGGAUGCUCAUCCUCCCCGCGGCUCUGCUCAUGUUUGGCUGGGCAGCGGACCAGCGGCUGCACUGGUCGCUGCCGCUACUGGGCUCGCUGCUGACGGGCAUGUCAACGAUCUUGUGCUUCCAGACGAUCCUGGUCUAUCUCGUCGACGCGUUCGUACCGUACAGCGCGAGCGCGACUGCGUGCUGCGUGCUCGUGCGCAGCCUGCUCGCGGCGGUGUUCCCCCUGUUCGCGGAGAGCCUGUACACCAGCCUGGGUUUCGGGUGGGGGUCGACGCUGCUCGCGCUUGUCGGACUUCUCGGCGUGCCUGUCCCGAUCGUCCUGUUCAGGUUCGGCGAGGCAUUACGGACUCGCUACAAGUUCAACGGUUGA